AGGCGGUAGAUCCCAGUGAGCGGAUUGCCCAUGCAUUGAUCAGUGUGGGAAGUCAGUGCGGAGACCCCUUCAUUCUGCUCAACAUCAUUCUCCCCUUUCAGCUUGCUUCCACCGCUCUGUCGCGAGCCGCAUCGCCGCUUUCCGCUCCGUCUUUCUGUUUCCGCGUCCACCGUCCUCGCGAAGGAUGAAACGGUUGCAAAAUUGAUACGAUUUCACUGGGUGGCCGCUGUCCUCUACUCAUGAGGCGCAUCUGAUGGUUCUUCAGUAAAGAAAUAUAAAUACAUUUCCUAUAUUUUCUCCCGCUCGGUCUGGAAAUAAAUGUGUAAAUGGCUGGAGCACAGCCCGGAGUUCACGCGCUGCAGCUCGAACCCGUUUCCGUUCCGGAGAGUCUGAAGAAAGGCAGCAGAUUCAUGAGAUGGGAUGAUGACUCCUCAGCCGUGACCCCCGUGACCUUACGUGUGGACCCACAGGGCUACUUCCUGUACUGGACGGACCAGAACAAGGAAACUGAGCUUUUGGACAUCACCUACAUCAAGGAUGCAAGAACAGGAAAAUGCACAAAAACGCCAAAGGAAGCCAAGCUGCGUGAGCUGCUGGAUGUGGGGAAUCUCGUGGGGCGGAUCGAGAGCAGGCUGCUGACGGUGGUGAGCGGCCCAGACAUGGUCAACAUCACCUACCUGAACUUCAUGGCCUUCCAGGAGGAGGUUGCAAAGGAGUGGGCAGAGGGGCUGUUUAGUCUGGCUUCCAACCUGCUGGCACACAAUAUGUCCAGAGAGGCCAGUCUGGAGAAGGCAUAUACAAAACUCAAAUUGCAGCUUAACCCAGAGGGCCGGAUUCCUGUAAAGAACAUCUUGCGGAUGUUUUCUGCAGACAGAAAGCGCGUGGAGACAGCGCUGGAGAGCUGCGGGCUCCCUACAGGCCGGAAUGAUUCCAUACUUCCAGAAGACUUCACUCCAGAUGUGUACAAAGACUUCCUUAGUAACAUCUGUCCACGACCAGAGAUAGACCAGGUGUUCUCAGAAAGUGGUGCCAGUAGGGGGCGUUACCUCAGCGUGGAGCAGAUGACAGACUUCAUCAACAACAAGCAGCGAGACCCGCGCCUGAACGAGAUUCUUUAUCCACCCCUGAAGCCCGAUCAAACGCAGCUGCUCAUCGAUAAAUAUGAGCCAGACAGCAGCGUAGCCCAGAGAGGACAAAUAUCUGUGGAGGGGUUUUCCCGGUAUCUCAUUGGUGAGGAGAACGUGGUCAUCCCGCCGGAGAAACUGGACCAGAGUGAGGACAUGACUCUGCCCCUUUCUCACUACUUCAUCAAUUCCUCCCACAACACCUACCUCACAGCCGGCCAGCUGGCAGGAAACUCGUCAGUGGAGAUGUACCGGCAGGUGCUGCUCUCGGGCUGCCGCUGCGUGGAGCUGGACUGCUGGAAGGGCCGCACCGCCGAGGAGGAGCCCGUCAUCACGCACGGCUUCACCAUGACCUCUGAGAUCUCUUUUAAGGAAGUCAUUGAGGCCAUCGCUGAAUGUGCGUUCAAAACGUCCCCGUUCCCCGUCAUCCUGUCCUUUGAGAACCACGUGGACUCUCCAAAGCAGCAAGCCAAGAUGGCAGAAUACUGCAGAUCAAUAUUUGGAGAUGCACUGGUAAUCGAACCUCUGGAGAAAUAUCCUCUGGAGUCGCGCGUCCCUCUUCCCAGCCCCCAGGAGCUAAUGGGAAAGAUCCUAAUUAAAAACAAGAAGAAAACCCACAAAGCCCCCGAUGACAGUGCCAAGAAGAAGCUGAACGAGCAGGCUUCCAGCACCACCUGUGACCCCUCUGUCCCUUUCGAACCCUCAUCUCCUGGUGCAGGGGAGGUGGAGGCAGAAAGUGAAGAAGAUGAUGAAGAAGAUGAUGACUGUAAGAAGUCAUCAGAUGAGGGGACAGCGGAGCGUGAAGCCUUUGCCACAGAGGAGAUGUCCACUCUGGUCAAUUAUGUCCAACCUGUCAAGUUCCACACCUUUGAGGCCUCCAAAAAAAUAAACCGUAGUUACCAGAUGUCGUCAUUUGUGGAGACAAAGGCUCUGGAGCUGCUCACGAAGUCGCCUGUAGAAUUUGUGGAAUACAACAAGCUCCAGCUCAGCCGGAUAUACCCAAAGGGCACCAGGGUGGAUUCCUCCAACUACAUGCCCCAGGUCUUCUGGAACGCAGGGUGCCAGCUAGUGGCUCUGAACUUUCAAACUAUUGACCUGUCUAUGCAAUUAAACCUGGGAAUGUAUGAAUACAAUGGGAAGAGCGGGUACCGGCUCAAACCGGAGUUCAUGCGCCGGCACGACAAACACUUUGAUCCCUUCACUGAGAGUACGGUGGACGGGAUUGUAGCCAACACGCUAUCAGUGAAGAUCAUAUCUGGGCAGUUUCUGACAGAUAAGAAAGUUGGCACAUAUGUGGAAGUAGACAUGUUUGGAUUGCCGGUGGACACAAGAAGGAAAGCAUUCAAAACGAAGACUUCACAGGGCAACGCCAUCAAUCCUGUGUGGGACGAGGAGCCAAUCGUCUUCAAGAAGGUUGUACUUCCCACUCUGGCCUCUCUGAGAAUUGCUGUGUUUGAGGAAGGAGGGAAAUUCAUAGGACACCGUAUUAUUCCAGUGUCUGCUAUUCGCCCAGGUUAUCAUUACAUUGGCCUCAGGAAUGAGAAGAACCAGUCACUCACUCUGCCUGCCUUGUUUGUCUACAUUGAAGUUAAGGACUAUGUGCCAGACACCUUUGCAGAUGUGAUUGAGGCCCUGUCCAAUCCCAUCCGAUAUGUCAACCUGAUGGAGCAGAGAGCCAAUCAGCUGGCAGCUCUAACUCUAGAGGAAGGAGAGGAAGUUGUCAGUAAAGAGCAGGUGGAACCUCGAGCAGACCAGCCAUCUGAGCCCACGAGUGAACCCAAACCUGCCCCAUCUGAAAAUGGCGUAAGCCAUGCCCCCUGCAUCACCCCCAAACCAGCCUCCCAGGUGACUCAUCAGCCCCAGCCCACAGGGUCAGUGAAACCUGCGGUCAGAACAGAAGACGUUGUGCAGAGUGUUCUCACAGAGGUGGAAGCUCAAUCAGUGGAGGAGCUGAAGAGACAGAAGGUGUUCGUCCGAGAACAGAGAAAACGGUACAAAGAGAUGAAGGAGCUCACGAAGAAGCAUCACAGGAGGACCACAGACAUGAUCAAAGAGCACACCACCAAGUACAAUGAGUUUAAGAACGAUUACCAGCGCAGACGGGCUGCGCUCCAAAAGUGUGCAAAGAGAGAUGGUAAGAAGAGGAGUGCAUCGUCCAGUGUGGAGUCCGGUCCCUCCCCUAGUGAGCAGGAGCUGGCUGCUCUGGACCAGGAGAGCGGAGAGAAGCUGGCCGAACUGAAGGGACAACAGCAGCAACAGCUGCUGGACCUGCGGCAAGAACAGUACUACAGCGAGAAGUACCAGAAACAGCAGCAAAUCAAGCAGCUCAUGGAGAAACUGACUGUGGUGGCAGAGGAGAGUCAAUCCAACCAGCUGAAGAAAUUAAAAGACAUUUGUGAAAAGGAGAAAAAAGAACUGAAAAAGAAAAUGGACAAGAAAAGACAAGAGAUGAUGACUGAAGCCAAAUUGAAGGAGAAACACCUGAGUGAGGAAGAGAAACUGGAGAUCAACAGGUCCUAUGUGAAUGAGGUGGUGCAGUGCAUCAAAAGGUUAGAAGAGGCUCAGACCAAAAGAGAAGAGAAACUUCGGGAAAAACACAAGGAUGUUCUUCAGCAAAUCCUGGAGGAAAAACCCAAGCUGCAGGACGAACUGGAGCAGGAGUACCAGGACAAGCUGGGCCGGCUCCCGGUGGAGAUCCAGGAGUUCGUACAGGAGGCCACUAGAGGGAAGCUCAGCGAGGACGACGACCUCGGCAGCCCCCCUCCAACUGACACGCCCCAAAAACCCCAUCAGAAGGCCAGCCAAUCAGACAAUGACAUUGAAAAAUCUAACCAUAAGGCCAGCCAAUCAGAAAACGAGACAGAGGAGGACGUCGCGGAGAAAGGGUCGGACCUGCCGCUCUAGGCUGCCCCGCGGCGCUUUGCUCUCAUCUUUAUGUUUCAGUAACACUUUUUCUUUCAGACUAGCAGCAGUUGUGUUAAAGCUGGAGCCUUUACUGAUCUGUUCACAGCAAACUUUACUUGAAGCAUUGGGACAGAGAGGAACACUUAUUUUGUCUUUCUAAUCAUUAUGAGUAGGCAGUGUAGCGAUGUUUUUCCAUAUUAUUUUUAUUAUACUGUUGUUAUCACGGUU